UCGUCACUUUGUUGUUCAGUGACAGUGAUGGAUUAGAGAGAUUGGCAACCUAAGAAAGCGCGCGAAAAUUGGCAACCCAAGUUCGCCAUAGCCACGACCACGACCUUCCAUUUCUCUUAAACGGAGGAGAUUACGAAUAAAGCAAUUAUGGGCAAGCAAAAGCAGCAGACGAUUUCUCGUUUCUUCGCUCCCAAACCCAAAUCCCCGACUCACGAACCGAAUCCGGUAGCCGAAUCAUCAACACCGCCACCGAAGAUAUCCGCCACUGUAUCCUUCUCUCCUUCCAAGCGUAAGCUUCUCUCCGACCACCUCGCCGCCGCGUCACCCAAAAAGCCUAAACUUUCUCCUCACACUCAAAACCCAGUACCCGAUCCCAAUUUACACCAAAGAUUUCUCCAGAGAUUUCUGGAACCCUCGCCGGAGGAAUAUGUUCCCGAAACGUCAUCAUCGAGGAAAUACACACCAUUGGAACAGCAAGUGGUGGAGCUAAAGAGCAAGUACCCAGAUGUGGUUUUGAUGGUGGAAGUUGGUUACAGGUACAGAUUCUUCGGAGAAGACGCGGAGAUCGCAGCACGCGUGUUGGGUAUUUACGCUCAUAUGGAUCACAAUUUCAUGACGGCGAGUGUGCCAACAUUUCGAUUGAAUUUCCAUGUGAGAAGACUGGUGAAUGCAGGAUACAAGAUUGGUGUAGUGAAGCAGACUGAAACUGCAGCCAUUAAGUCCCAUGGUGCAAACCGGACCGGCCCUUUUUUCCGGGGACUGUCGGCGUUGUAUACCAAAGCCACGCUUGAAGCGGCUGAGGAUAUAAGUGGUGGUUGUGGUGGUGAAGAAGGUUUUGGUUCACAGAGUAAUUUCUUGGUUUGUGUUGUGGAUGAGAGAGUUAAGUCGGAGACAUUAGGCUGUGGUAUUGAAAUGAGUUUUGAUGUUAGAGUCGGUGUUGUUGGCGUUGAAAUUUCGACAGGUGAAGUUGUUUAUGAAGAGUUCAAUGAUAAUUUCAUGAGAAGUGGAUUAGAGGCUGUGAUUUUGAGCUUGUCACCAGCUGAGCUGUUGCUUGGCCAGCCUCUUUCACAACAAACUGAGAAGUUUUUGGUGGCACAUGCUGGACCUACCUCAAACGUUCGAGUGGAACGUGCCUCACUGGAUUGUUUCAGCAAUGGUAAUGCAGUAGAUGAGGUUAUUUCAUUAUGUGAAAAAAUCAGCGCAGGUAACUUAGAAGAUGAUAAAGAAAUGAAGCUGGAGGCUGCUGAAAAAGGAAUGUCUUGCUUGACAGUUCAUACAAUUAUGAACAUGCCACAUCUGACUGUUCAAGCCCUCGCCCUAACGUUUUGCCAUCUCAAACAGUUUGGAUUUGAAAGGAUCCUUUACCAAGGGGCCUCAUUUCGCUCUUUGUCAAGUAACACAGAGAUGACUCUCUCAGCCAAUACUCUGCAACAGUUGGAGGUUGUGAAAAAUAAUUCAGAUGGAUCGGAAUCUGGCUCCUUAUUCCAUAAUAUGAAUCACACACUUACAGUAUAUGGUUCCAGGCUUCUUAGACACUGGGUGACUCAUCCUCUAUGCGAUAGAAAUUUGAUAUCUGCUCGGCUUGAUGCUGUUUCUGAGAUUUCUGCUUGCAUGGGAUCUCAUAGUUCUUCCCAGCUCAGCAGUGAGUUGGUUGAAGAAGGUUCUGAGAGAGCAAUUGUAUCACCUGAGUUUUAUCUCGUGCUCUCCUCAGUCUUGACAGCUAUGUCUAGAUCAUCUGAUAUUCAACGUGGAAUAACAAGAAUCUUUCAUCGGACUGCUAAAGCCACAGAGUUCAUUGCAGUUAUGGAAGCUAUUUUACUUGCGGGGAAGCAAAUUCAGCGGCUUGGCAUAAAGCAAGACUCUGAAAUGAGGAGUAUGCAAUCUGCAACUGUGCGAUCUACUCUUUUGAGAAAAUUGAUUUCUGUUAUUUCAUCCCCUGUUGUGGUUGACAAUGCCGGAAAACUUCUCUCUGCCCUAAAUAAGGAAGCGGCUGUUCGAGGUGACUUGCUCGACAUACUAAUCACUUCCAGCGACCAAUUUCCUGAGCUUGCUGAAGCUCGCCAAGCAGUUUUAGUCAUCAGGGAAAAGCUGGAUUCCUCGAUAGCUUCAUUUCGCAAGAAGCUCGCUAUUCGAAAUUUGGAAUUUCUUCAAGUGUCGGGGAUCACACAUUUGAUAGAGCUGCCCGUUGAUUCCAAGGUCCCUAUGAAUUGGGUGAAAGUAAAUAGCACCAAGAAGACUAUUCGAUAUCAUCCCCCAGAAAUAGUAGCUGGCUUGGAUGAGCUAGCUCUAGCAACUGAACAUCUUGCCAUUGUGAACCGAGCUUCGUGGGAUAGUUUCCUCAAGAGUUUCAGUAGAUACUACACAGAUUUUAAGGCUGCCGUUCAAGCUCUUGCUGCACUGGACUGUUUGCACUCCCUUUCAACUCUAUCUAGAAACAAGAACUAUGUCCGUCCCGAGUUUGUGGAUGACUGUGAACCAGUUGAGAUAAACAUACAGUCUGGUCGUCAUCCUGUACUGGAGACUAUAUUACAAGAUAACUUCGUCCCAAAUGACACAAUUUUGCAUGCAGAAGGGGAAUAUUGCCAAAUUAUCACCGGACCUAACAUGGGAGGAAAGAGCUGCUAUAUCCGUCAAGUUGCUUUAAUUUCCAUAAUGGCUCAGGUUGGUUCCUUUGUACCAGCGUCAUUCGCCAAGCUGCACGUGCUUGAUGGUGUUUUCACUCGGAUGGGUGCUUCAGACAGUAUCCAGCAUGGCAGAAGUACCUUUCUAGAAGAAUUAAGUGAAGCGUCACACAUAAUCAGAACCUGUUCUUCUCGUUCGCUUGUUAUAUUAGAUGAGCUUGGAAGAGGCACUAGCACACACGACGGUGUAGCCAUUGCCUAUGCAACAUUACAGCAUCUCCUAGCAGAAAAGAGAUGUUUGGUUCUUUUUGUCACGCAUUACCCUGAAAUAGCUGAGAUCAGUAACGGAUUCCCAGGUUCUGUUGGGACAUACCAUGUCUCGUAUCUGACAUUGCAGAAGGAUAAAGGCAGUUAUGAUCAUGAUGAUGUGACCUACCUAUAUAAGCUUGUGCGUGGUCUUUGCAGCAGGAGCUUUGGUUUUAAGGUUGCUCAGCUUGCCCAGAUACCUCCAUCAUGUAUACGUCGAGCCAUUUCAAUGGCUGCAAAAUUGGAAGCUGAGGUACGUGCAAGAGAGAGAAAUACACGCAUGGGAGAACCAGAAGGACAUGAAGAACCGAGAGGCGCAGAAGAAUCUAUUUCGGCUCUAGGUGACUUGUUUGCAGACCUGAAAUUUGCUCUCUCUGAAGAGGACCCUUGGAAAGCAUUCGAGUUUUUAAAGCAUGCUUGGAAGAUUGCUGGCAAAAUCAGACUAAAACCAACUUGUUCAUUUUGAUUUAAUCUUAACAUUAUAGCAACUGCAAGGUCUUGAUCAUCUGUUAGUUGCGUACUAACUUAUGUGUAUUAGUAUAACAAGAAAAGAGAAUUAGAGAGAUGGAUUCUAAUCCGGUGUUGCAGUACAUCUUUUCUCCACCCGCAACCCUGUUUCUUUUCAGCUUGAUUUCUAGUAGUUAUUAGAAUUCUGGAAUGCAUUUUUCACCUGAUAUAGUGAAGCAUGAUCUCCAUCAAUGUUGAAUACGA